CGUUGUUUUUGUCGACGUCGUUCCUGCGUCUUUCUUGCUGUUUGCAGGAACACGGAUCGAUCGAUCGAUGUUUGCAUCGAAAUCACGUCAAAUCUCGUCGCAUGGCAUCAAGCUCGCUUCUCACAGGAACGCUCAAUCUCCCGGAAACAAUGAAUUACGACAAGUCAUGGUGCUGCGCAGGGCGAUCGUGUCAGGAGGCUCCACAGCCAUGUACCAGAACCAGAACCAGAGCCAGGGAGUGCCUUUUUUGCAGUUACUAGUAGUGUCAAUGCAAGCUCUCACAGCAGGCAACGGAUUGUUAGUUUAGAAGCGACGCGUCCGAGCGACGCUUCGCGAGGGGGAGUUGCCUUUCUUGUCUCGCGCCGGUAGCCACCGCCACAACUGCACACCAUCGUUCUACUUGGUGGUGGUGGUGGGAGGAGGAGGAAGAGGAAGCAGGGAUGGCAGGGAAGGGAGGCGAGCGUAAGGAGGGAGGGGAGGUGAAGAAGGUGAGGAAGGGGAGUGUGCAGAGCUGGGAUAGUAGAGAGAGUAGCGACGUGUCGGAAUCGGAGGACGAGGGCAGCGGUGAGUACCGGCGUGGGGGUUACCACGCUGUGCGCAUUGGCGACUGGUUUCACAAUGGUCGGUAUGUUGUGCACCGGAAGCUUGGAUGGGGGCACUUUUCUACUGUCUGGCUUGCUUGGGACACGCAUGGCAAGAAAUAUGUGGCUCUGAAAGUUCAAAAGAGUGCACAACAUUACACGGAAGCGGCGCAAGAUGAGAUUACAAUAUUGAAGCAGAUUGCGGAAGGUGACCCUGGGGACUGUAGGGGAGUGGUGAAAUUGUUAGACCACUUUAAGCAUACGGGUCCGAAUGGAACACAUGUGUGCAUGGUUUUUGAAUACCUAGGGGACAAUCUUCUGACGCUCAUUAAAGCGUACAAUUACAGGGGUUUACCGCUGCACAUGGUGAAGCAGCUUGCAAGGGAAAUUUUGAUAGGCCUUGAUUACCUGCACCGGCAGCUCUCCAUCAUCCACACUGACUUGAAGCCUGAAAAUGUUCUACUAUUCUCUCCAUUGGAUCCCACCAAGGAUCCUCGUAAUUCCGAUUAUGUACCGCCGGUGUUCCCAAGUCCUGGUGAAAAACCGCAGACUCCUUCCCGCGUAGACAAGGCACCUCCUCCAAGUCUUUCUAAGAAUCAGAAGAAAAAGGCGAAAAGAAAUGCAAAGAAAGCAAGUGGGAAUGGCAACGAUAGGGAAAGAGAAAAUGCUGACAUGGAUUCGCGCGUGUCGAAGUUGGAAAAGGAAGAACUGCACAAUUUUGCCCAAGAACUUGCAGAGACCAUAAAUGCAACAGACGGGUUGCGUGGUGGAAAGGAUGGUAGUGGAGAUGUUUGCGACGAGCAAUCAAAUGCAAAAGAAGAAGAUCCUCCAAGUGUCAGCGAUGCACCCAAAAGUGGACGCAUUUCGUCUCUGUCAGAGGACUUGAGCAGACUGGAUUUGCGAUGUAAAAUAGUGGAUUUGGGGAAUGCUUGUUGGACCUAUAAGCAAUUUACUGCUGAUAUUCAAACGCGGCAGUAUCGAUGUCCAGAAGUUCUGCUGGGUUCAAAAUAUUCCACUCCAGCUGACAUAUGGUCAUUUGCGUGUAUUGUUUUUGAGCUGGCCACUGGAGACGUCCUUUUUGAUCCCCGAAGUGGAGAUGACUUUGACAGAGAUGAGGAUCAUUUAGCGCUUAUGAUGGAAUUAUUGGGUCGUAUGCCACGCAAGGUUGCUUUAUCAGGGAGGCAUUCCCGUGACUAUUUUAACCGGCAUGGAGACCUGCGGCACAUUCGAAGAUUACAGUAUUGGCCUUUGGACAACGUGUUAAUAGAGAAAUACGAUUUUUCCGAGCAAGAUGCACAGGAGUUCGCUGAUUUUUUAGUGCCAUUACUGGAUUUCAAUCCUGACAAACGGCCCACUGCUGGUCCAUGCCUCCAGCAUUCGUGGUUGGGUUCAGUAUCUCUUCCGGCGUAUGGGGAGUGGAUUGGAGACUGUGAUGCUGUGCAAGAAGGGCUUCGUAAUAUUGCAUUAGCUGAUGGUGUCGUAGAAGCUACCUCUAAUGGCAUUAAGUCGAAGAAGCAGCUAGUGCGGAAUGAAGGUAGUCAUUCCAAGAAAUAGUCUGUUAAUUAGUAUUAUGGGUUUAAUCAGUGCUCGUUGUACAUGAGAUUUUGUUCUGGCACUCACUUUCAGCAUAUCCCGCUUCUUCUCAGCUGCAUUUUUCGGUGGCCUAUGAAGGGCAUCUAAUCGAAGCAUCUUGUAUUGUGACACUUGUAGCUGCUUUUUCUCUGCUCAGAAAGGAAGCUAUUUUUAAGAAGUUACUUGAUAAUGGUCUUAUUAGCAGGAGUGACCUUUUACUUUUUAGGUAGAGUGUCGAUCAUGCCUGGCAAAUUGGGCUCGUGAUGUAUUAGAUUACCAUCAGAUAAUGAGAACGAGUUCUUUUUUCUUUUUUCUUUUU